AUGAGCGGCUCUCGCAACACCAGCGGCGGGGCCUCAGGAACCCCCAACCUUCGAGUAACGAUCAUCGCAGCAGAUGGCCUGUAUAAAAGAGAUGUUUUCCGGUUUCCCGAUCCUUUCGCAGUCAUAACCGCCAACGGCGAUCAGACCAAAACAACCACCGCCCAGAAGCGGACCCUUAAUCCAUACUGGAAUGAGAGCUACGAUUUAUGCGUGAACGAGGAUACCAUAUUGGCGGUACAAGUAUUUGACCAGAAAAAGUUCAAAAAGAAGGAUCAGGGUUUUUUAGGUGUCAUCAAUGUUCGCGUCGGCGACGUGAUUGAACUUUCUCCUGAUGCAGACGAUCAGAUGAUUACUCGAGACCUGAAGAAAUCAACCGAUAAUCUUGUCGUCCAUGGAAAGCUCAUCAUCAACCUCUCCACCAACCUAUCUAGCCCGGCUCGGAACCAGUCCUCCGCUCGGCCGAAUCUCCCCGCCGCCUCUUCCAACGCCUCCGUUCUUUCCGCCUCGAUAGACAACAACAGACCGGCCUCCGCCUUGAGCACCCAACCGAACGGAACUCUCGCUCCCGGCUCGGCCGUCAAUAUCCCGCACCGGCCCGCAGCCGCCAUGCCUACCGGUACGAGCACUACCCCGGCCAGCAACGCUGCUGGCACGGCGCGACCACAGAACCAGCAGCUGAGCCCCUUCGAGGACGCCCAGGGCCGAUUACCCGCUGGGUGGGAACGCCGCGAGGACGGUCUCGGCCGGACGUACUACGUCGACCACAAUACCAGGACGACAAGCUGGAAUAGGCCGUCGGCAUCGGGGGCGGCGGAGCAGAGAAGCGAUCGCGAAGCAGCCACCCAGGUCGAACGCCAACGGCACCAGAACCGUACUCUGCCAGAGGAUCGCACCGGCGCGAAUUCUCCGACGUUCCAAGCCCAGCAAGCCGCAGCGCAGAGUGCGAACAACUCGACCAUGAUGCACACCGGCGCUACGACCCCGGGAACCGGCGAGUUGCCGCCAGGAUGGGAGCAGAGGUGGACGCCCGAGGGCCGUCCUUACUUCGUGGACCACAACACCCGGACAACUACCUGGGUGGACCCUCGUCGCCAGCAGUACAUCAGGAUGUACGGUGGUCAGAACAAUCAGAGCGGUACCGUUCAGCAAUCCGUGACGCAGCUGGGCCCCCUCCCCAGCGGAUGGGAGAUGCGGCUCACUAACACGGCGCGCGUCUACUUCGUCGAUCACAACACCAAGACCACGACAUGGGACGACCCCAGGCUGCCGUCGUCGCUCGACCAGAACGUGCCGCAGUACAAGAGAGACUUUAGGAGAAAGCUGAUCUACUUCCGGUCCCAGCCUGCCAUGCGCAUCCUCUCGGGCCAAUGCCACAUCAAGGUCCGGCGGUCACACAUCUUCGAGGACUCCUUCGCCGAGAUCUCACGCCAAUCGGCCAACGACCUGAAAAAGCGCUUGAUGAUCAAGUUCGACGGCGAGGACGGUCUUGACUACGGCGGUCUGUCCCGGGAAUUCUUCUUCCUUCUCUCCCACGAGAUGUUCAACCCGUUCUACUGCCUCUUCGAAUAUUCCGCACAUGACAACUACACCCUCCAGAUCAACCCCCACUCCGGCAUCAAUCCCGAGCACCUCAACUAUUUCAAGUUUAUUGGACGGGUGGUCGGCCUGGCCAUAUUCCACCGACGCUUCCUGGACGCCUUCUUCAUCGGCGCGCUCUACAAGAUGAUGCUAGCGAAGCCGGUGGCCCUGCCGGACAUGGAGGGCGUCGAUGCGGAUUUCCACCGGUCACUGCAGUGGAUGCUGGACAAUGACAUCUCCGGGGGCAUUCUCGAGCAGACGUUCUCCACGGAAGACGAGCGCUUUGGUGUCAUCCAUGUCGAGGAUCUCAAGCCCGGCGGCCGCGACAUCGAAGUGACCAACGAAAACAAGAAGGAGUAUGUCGACCUGAUGGUCAAGUGGAGGAUUGAGAAGCGGGUGGAGGAGCAGUUCAAGGCCUUCAAGGAAGGCUUCAACGAACUCAUCCCGCAAGACCUCAUCAACGUGUUCGACGAGAGGGAGCUGGAGUUGCUCAUUGGUGGUAUCGCGGAGAUCGACGUGGACGACUGGAAGAAGCACACGGAUUAUCGCGGCUAUACCGAGUCGGAUGAGGUGAUCCAGUUCUUCUGGCAGACGAUCCGCUCAUGGGACGGGGAACAGAAGUCCCGCCUUCUCCAGUUCGCUACUGGUACCUCUCGAAUCCCUGUUAAUGGCUUUAAGGAUCUCCAAGGAAGUGACGGGCCCAGGAGAUUCACCAUUGAGAAGACAGGGGAUGUUAACAACCUGCCCAAGGCGCACACAUGUUUCAAUCGUCUGGACCUACCUCCUUACAAGUCACUCGAACAUUUGCAACAGAAACUCACGAUUGCGGUGGAGGAAACAAUGGGAUUCGGUCAGGAGUAA